GUAACAAAAGUACGUUAUCUGGUUAAAAGCUAACGUUACCUAACUUGAUAAAAUAAUGACAUGUCAAACAAAAUUAUUCAUAAUGUCAUGUGCACCCAUAAAUAUUAUUAUGUAGUUGUGUAGUUGGUAAUCUAGACUACCUAGCGAGCUACAUGCUUGCGUGUUGUCGUCAUGCUCCAUUUUAUGUCGAUUUAGCUAGUUGUACUCUACCGAGUUGCUGCAAGUGUAAAACGAAGGCCUAUAAAAUAUCAGUUUCGGUCAACCACCUGGCCAGGCUACCAGGAAUUUUCCCAGUUCAUCCCCUGCCGCCCUGUUGUACAAAUUGGAGCCAGAGAUACUGCCCUUCCAAGUGGUGAAAAGUGGGAAGUGUUUCUGCUGUUCUGACUGAUGUGGGGAAGUCAUUCCAUCACUGGGGACAGCAGGUGGACUUGGAAGUACAGGCACAUAGAAGGAGAGGCGCCAGGCUUGCUGAGAUUGAAGAAUAAAGGUCUAGCUGGUCUGGUUUGAUGAUCUCCUGAAGACGCCCCCUGGCAGGGAUGAUCUGAUCCCGCGUGGAAAGCCGCCCCCCCCCCCAAGGUGACCCCUUUCCGCGCGCGCGACAGCCUCCGGCGACCCCCCCCCCCCCGCGCAGUUUCGAGCGCCCGAGAUCUCCACCGGCCAUGGGAGGUGCCGUCAGCGCUGGCGAGGACAACGACGACCUGAUUGACAACCUGAAGGAGGCCCAGUACAUCCGCACCGAGAGGGUGGAGCAGGCGUUUCGCGCCAUCGACCGUGGCGACUACUACCUGGAGGGCUACAGGGACAACGCUUACAAGGACCUGGCCUGGAAGCAUGGGAACAUCCACCUGUCGGCGCCCUGCAUCUACUCCGAGGUCAUGGAGGCGCUGAAGCUUCAGCAGGGGCUCUCCUUCCUCAAUCUGGGCAGUGGAACGGGCUACCUGAGCACCAUGGUGGGCCUAAUCAUAGGGCCGUUUGGAGUGAACCAUGGGGUAGAGCUCCACACAGACGUUGUUGAGUAUGCCAGGGAGAAACUAGAUGACUUCAUUAAGAACAGUGAUAGCUUUGAUAAGUUUGAGUUUUGUGAACCCAGCUUUGUGGUGGGAAAUUGUUUAGAAAUCUCCUCUGACAGCCACCAGUAUGAUCGCAUUUACUGUGGGGCGGGAGUACAAAAGGACCAUGAAAACUAUAUGAAAAUCCUGUUGAAAGUGGGCGGGAUUCUGGUGAUGCCAAUAGAGGAUCAGCUGACCCAGAUCACCAGAACUGGCCAGAGCACCUGGGAGAGCAAGAACAUCCUGGCAGUGUCCUUCGCACCGCUCGUCCAGCAGAACCGGCCCGAAGGAAGCAAGCCUGACGCCGUAAAGCUCCAAGGGGUUGCUUGGAAACAGCUGCUGACUGCUGACCAGUGUGCCCAUUUAACAGAGAGAUGGACUAUUGAGGAGAAACUGCUAAAAUGCUACUUAGCCACCUCAAAUUUUGUGUGUCUGCGGUCGUGGUCUUACUUCUGUGGGAAGCUCACCAAGACCUUACUUACUGCUAAUACAGCCCCCAUCGCCGUGAGGACCCUGCAGGACCUGUCGCGCAUCUACAUCCGCCGCACCCUCCGCACGCUGACCAACGAGGAGAUCCAGGCCCGGGGCACGCCGCAGAAGGUCCCGCAGAAGCGCAAGAGACGGCGCUGCCGCCGCCGCCGCAUCAACACCUACGUCUUCGUGGGCAACCAGCUGAUCCCGCAGCCGGCCGAGAGCGAGGAGGACGAGCGCAUCGAGGACGAGAGCAAGGAGGAGGAGGACAAGGACAGCGGCGAGGCCCUGAAGCCGGACGAGCCGCAGCUCAACCUGCUGAGGGACAGGAUCAUGGCCCUGCCGCUGCCCGAGGCGCUCAAGGCCUACCUGCUGUACUACAGGGAGAAAUAGCAUUCCACUGUGAGAAGCUGUAGCACCUGCUGAGACGUCCUUUCCUCCUCCCCGUGCGUACUUUCCUUUCUCCGAGAUGUAGCAUUAUUUCCGAUUUCUCUGGAAGGCGGACCUGCUUUUCCCGAAAAGACGCUCGACCGACCGAGUCGAUAUCGAUACGGCGCAGAGCAUUACCGCCGGACUUCUUCGUUUUUUCCAAGUUUUGAAACUUCUGUCCUCGUUGGCGAAUGCGAACGGAGAAAGCAAUCCGUAGUGUUGAACGGAGAAGGGACUGUUUUUGAGGAUCUUGUGGAUGUAGGGUUCUUUUCCUCCCUCGUGCUUCGCAAUCCCGAAACUCUUUCACGGUGAAAAUGUAUUGAAAUCUGAUCAUUAAAAUCUUUCCAAAAAUGUUGCAAAAAACAAGAAGAAAAUUCCACAUUUGUACUCACUUGGUUUAAAAAAAAUGAAUAAAAAAAAUAUUUGAGAUGCUUUAUUUUAGGAUUUCACUGAAGAUUUAUCAGCUUGACAAAACAGAUUUUGCCAUUUCGACGUCAUUUUAAGAUCACUAUCCUAGCAUCAGUUUGAGGUUUAUUUUUGGCCUUUUACAAAAUAUUUGAGCUUAAUUUUUAAUUUCUUUUUGCAAAUGCACUUUUAUUUACUUUAGCUGUUGUUGUUGAAGGCGAUGGUGUGUCAGCAGCUAAGUGUGACGAACAAUGUAUUUUCAAGUAACCAUAGUUGGAUAAAGUUGUUAUGGAGUGGACUUGCGGGACCUUGGUGUAUGGUGAACUUCCUGUACUGAACAAAGCUUGUAAAAUGGGCUAUUUGGCAGGGUUUAUAGAGAGGGUAUGUUAUUAAACCUUCCGUUUUGUGAUUAUGAUGUAGGAAUGUGGGUGAUUUGGUGUCUGCUGAGGUGAGUAUAUAUGAAUGGAUGGGGUGCCCUCUGCAUUCAUGUAAUGCUUCCGUAAGACAGCAUGCCAAGUGACGCAUAACCACGUUUUAUUUGUGUGUGCAGUUUGAAGAUCAUAUCACUCACAUUGGUGAUGAAAUGUCCUUCCUCACAACAGUACUUUAUUGCAUACCUUAGUGGUUGAUCUGUAAAUGUCUCAUCUGAGCUAUAUUGGUAGAAUGCUGCUUUUGUGUUGAUAUGACAUGGAGAAUAUAAAGAUGGGGGGAAGCAAGUCAUGACAGAAGCAUGUUUAAGGCCGUUUUUUGGAUUUCAGCUUUGAUUGUCUCUCUCUUGCUUGUAGAACCUGUAAUGUCAGAGCCUUUAUAGUCUGUACUUUCACCAAAUGGGAUUUUGGGGUUGUAGAUGUGUUAAAUGUCUGUCUUCUUUGAUAUAGUGGAACAUAGCAUAUUUUUUGGUUGGAUUUUUUAUUUAAUUUUUUUGCUCAGGCCUUUAAUCUUGCAAUGUAGGCUAAAGUGUGUGGGUUAAAGAGUAAUAUGGGGUUAUUCAUAUGUUUGUUGUCCAGUAUUUUAAGAGUGGUACCAUCCCAGGAUACGUUUCUUUUUCAUCUGUGCACCAUUACUGUAAAGCCAGGGCGAGUUUAAAAGCAGCCAGUCUUCGUGCGAAAACAUCCCAUGCCAUGGCUUCCCAAAGAGCAUGUUGUGGGAAAGAAAAAAACCCCAGGACAAAUUCUAAUGCAUCAAGAAAGGAGGUCCUUAUUAAAUGCGGUGUGCAAUCAAGCAUGCUUUAAAAUGUGUGACUUUUCCCAAAAAGCACUCCAUUAACUGACAACUGUGGCUUACCGUUCAUAGAUUUCUUUUCAAACGUACAUUUCUUCUACUUAAUUAUUACCACAGAUGUAAGUGCCCAACCCCUUUGGUUUACCUUAAAACCAAAUGUGUCCACAUAUGGGGACAACGUAUUUGUAUUGCUCUAUUUUUCCAUAAAUCACGAGGAUCGGGUCAUUUUGCAUCAUGUGCAGAUGCAGAUGUUAUUUUCUGGCCAAUGUUGACAGAAUUCAAGGUUGCUAGUUCAUUCGUGCGACUGCUUUAAGGUCGAAUGCAUUUUUGUUAUUAAAAAAUGCAUAUUUUAACAUCUUCAAAAAGCAUUUAAAAGAAUAAAAUGGAAUAAUCUGGUAGGUCAUUGAGGAUAUACAUGCAUUUAAUAUGCAUCAUUCCCCUUGGCAAUAUCAGAUGCCUGGUUUUCAGGUGUCAUGUGUAGAUGACUAAACAUGAGAAAUGGUUAGGGACCCAAUUGCUCUCUCCAUUUGAAAUGUAUAAAGCCUACCAUAAUAUAAAGACAUGCAGGGAUGUGCAAGACAAUCUCUUUAUAUAGUAUAUUUAGAGGUAAUGUGAAACCCAUGAUAUAAUAAGAAAUAAUACCAUCCUACUGAAGACUUGGUAGCCCCCACCCCCCACCCUCACUGUAGAAUGGCUGGGACUGGUCAAAGCAGCUGAGCAUCUUGGCUUUUCAAAAAAAGAUACUUCCAUGCAUUGUGUGUAGAAAGCAAAGGAAAAGCAAUAAAGACCAAAGCGACCGGCAAAUAGUGGGCCUUAUUUAUCAAAUGGUUGUACGACCAAAUUUUAUCAUAAAACGUAUGAUUGAUAACGUGUCAAGUGUUUACAACCACACCUUGUGUAAAUAUCUGUGUGCAAGGUGCAAGACAUUAACUACGUUAACAACAGUUUAAGUGAAUAUUGGCUGUUUAUAACAGAGGCUGUUUGUACAGCUGCUUGUAUAGAUAAUAUUGCUGUGCACAUAAAAGUGUGUUAUUUCACAGCAUGACCUCUAACUAGCUAAUCUUCCUGCAUGCAACAAUCUGCAUCUGGCCUUGGCAUUGAGAAAAUGAGCCAAUAAAAAAAUGCAUGAAAAACUCCUUUAUAGGAUGAGGCGAUCCCCAUCAUUUUUAAGGAUAAUACCACACUCGGACGGAGGCCCAGCACCCACCCGUAGCGCGAGUUCUUUUCAUGAGCAGAGAUUUUUAUUUCAUUUAUUAAAUUUCUUGACUGCAGGGCAGACCACUGUAGACUUUAAUCUUUUUUUAAUUUAUCUCAACAUUCGACAUUGUGUCUAACUGACUAACAGUCAUUUGUUAUCAGGAUUUUUUUUUGUCACCCAACCCAGUCUACUUCACCUCUUAAUAAUAUUAUUUUUAGACAUACAUCACAAUCCCAGACCUACAUCAAGUGCUCUUAAGCGUAAGAAGCAGGAUCACAUGCAACAAAUGUCCUGUGGCAAGCGGGUAAUUCUCAAAGAGCUUAUGUGCCAGAUAUGAGAAACAAACCCCAGUCUCUCGCCACAGAGAGCGUUUUGGCGAGACAGAAUGUCUUGCUGUUACACUUCUUGUAGUGACAUCACCCUGCCUGACAGGCAUAAUUGCUACAGAGCCCUUCCCUUCGACUGAACAUGUCCCUGCAUACCCUACUUAUCUGGGCAUAUCCAUGCCUUUUAAUAUAUUGGAGAAUAUUAAAAUGCUGAUGAAGGGGCAAGAAAUUGUAAUGGAACUUGCUCUCUUUAAAACUUAAACAGCGCUAUAGGUUAUGUGUUUAUAGCAACUUUCGCUGUAGUUGUAAUGAGUCUAACACAUUGACAUAAUGAGGUCAAUGAAAUCAAUGGUUUAAAAAAAAAAAAAGAAAAGAAAACCUGAUAACCUGUACACUGAUGAUGUCAUCGAAGCAUCAUUUUUCUAUAGUAACACAAAUGCAACAGUUGUAGGAGACAUAAUAAAACAGGCAAAGCUCAGGAAGGAUACUGGCCUGCUGCAUAUGAGGAUAUGCUAAUGGGAUGCUGAGAUGAAACCCAAAUAAAUUACAAUCGCUUGAUAAAUGAGGCCCAUUGUGACAAAUGUAUGUUGCAUAUUGUAACAAACAGUCGAUUUAUUGGCUCAAGCUGUAACAGCAAUAUUUGGCAAAUGCCUUUUUUUUAAUCAUUUAUCAAUAAAGCUUUUCACUUGCUGAGUUGAGACACCCAAACAAUCAAAUAUAGUAUUUUGCCUCUGACUUUUGCUUAAUAGCCAGCUGUUUUUAUGUAUGGGAUAUUUAACCAUUUUCCUGGUCCUAGGAUUAUAGAUAGGCUAUAGCUUUCCAUCAAGUGAAUAAAACCUUGAUAGUGAUGAUGUUUGAUGUCCAUACAUGUGUAUAUUUUCUAAUGAAUAUAUUUAUGGCAAUGAAUUGGUCCCAGCCCUAGAUUUGGAAGAGUGAAAAUGUGAUUCAAAGUUAACCUUUGGUUUUGGGAGUGACAUUUGAACAGAAUGUCUUCAUGAAUAAUAACAAAUAUUAGUGCUGGACUUGGAUAUUAGCAGUGCACCAAUCUCCUCUUAUCCAAGUUUUCUUAUUGUUAAAUGGUCACAUUAUCAUUGCAAUGCUUGAUUAUACAUGAAAUGCGGAAAAGUUCACUGAGAAGUUGUACAUGAAACAGCACGGCCACCACAAGCUUAGGAGGUUGCUAUGAUUAUGAAUGUGUAACUUCAGUGAAACUUUGUAAUUUGGUAUUCAAUUGUUUAUGACUGGAGAUACAUAAGGUGAAUGGUGACAUUGUGGCCUGGUACAUUUUCAAAAAUAUUCUGUGAAAUACCUAUUCAUGAAUAAAGCUUAUUAAUUUUUUUAGGAUUUAAUUAAGUGAAGAUGUUGUAUGAGGUGUUUGGCAUUGGACAUAUUUCCAAUCAUUAUUGGUUUCUCCAACUUCCAUGACCUUUGUGUCGCAGCUGUGUCAGAAUUACCAAAUGAAGUGUGCUGUGCAGAAUAUGGAAAAACAAAACAUGCAGAAUUAAUCAAGGUUAGCUGUAACUGCUACAAAUAUGGCUUUGAGGAAGCUGACAUUUUCUCACAGAGCAUUGGAUUGUAAUACUCGGCUAAUGUUACGAUUGCUUUGUCCCUUAAGAGUUUCUUCUGAGUACUGCUUUUGUGUUCCUUUUGAUACAUUCUUUUUGUUGUGUGCGGGUCACCAAUGUAGUGAAUAAGUAUUCAGGGGCUUUAGAUUUAAUAAACAUGUUUUUUUCUCCCA